ACUAACAAAGGACAGUAAAGGGCUCAUAGAUCGGCAACCCAAGUGAUCAUAAUAUCAUACCAGUUCUAAAUGCACAAACAUCAGAUCUUCGAAAUUAAUUAGAAUUCCAACUCAAACCCCUAAUACUUUAAUAAUGGAUCUCUUCGUAGAUACAACUUGAAAUACUUCACCUCAUUGAAUCCAACAAAACUACCGGAACUUGGAACAGAAGGGGGAGAGUAUUAUCGAAACCCUAAUUCUUGUCCAGAGAAGAGAAAUACAUCAGAUUUCUUUUGAAGGCAACUGCCGCUGCUGUUGGGAUUCUUCUUACAUUAUGUCGUCAACAAUCAUGAAAAGGGACUAUAGGAACAAUAGAUCAGCUCUUUUUGACGGAAUAGAAGAAGGAGGAAUCAGGGCUGCUCCAUCAUACUCCCAUGAAAUUAAUGAGCAGGAAAAUGAUAGAGCUAUGGAUGGACUGCAAGAUAGAGUCCUUUUGUUGAAGAGAUUGACAGGUGAUAUACACGAGGAGGUUGAGAGUCAUAAUCGUGUUCUUGACCGAAUGGGAAAUGAAAUGGAUUCAUCAAGGGGAAUUCUGUCAGGAACUAUGGACCGGUUUAAGAUGGUUUUUGAAACCAAGUCAAGCCGAAGAAUGUUUACACUCGUGGCAUCAUUCGUGAUUAUCUUUCUUAUCGUAUACUAUCUGACCAAGCGGUGAAAUUCAUCUAAUGGAUUACUUGGGUAAAUUUGCUAGGUUCGCAACAACUGCCAAGGCCUUUUCCUACCUUGAUACUGUUGGUGUUUUUCAUUGCAUACUAUAUACUGGUAAACCCAUCUGUAUGAUACAUGCACCAUGCAAUUCUAUGAACUAUCGGUUGUAUAAGAUCUUUGCUACAUGUUAAAUGUGUUUCUCUUAGUUUCCAUUAUGCCUUCCAUUAGAUGUCAAUCCAUCAUAUUUGCCCCUUCAUGCUUGGGGACUGAACAAACAAAAGAUACAGUGGCUGGAGCUUUUCUGACUGGAAGGAUGUUGAGCACAAACUUUGUUACUUGUUGAAUCUUUGUUUUAUGAAGAAGUCAUAUUUUGCAGUCA